UUUGUAUCUGUCAACGUCUUUCUUCAUCAAUCCAAUGUGUAAAGAUAUGCAGUGGGGACCCACGAAGUCGCGAGUACAUUGUUUGUCGUUAUUCGUCAGCAUUUGAAGAUACGUUUACCGUCUGUAUGAUAGAUUUUUUCCCCCGUUGAAUGUAGACUGGCCUUGAAUCACUAGACGGGUGAAAAGAGGCAGCAAACCGGCGGGAGCAAAGCCGCGUUUGACAGGUGCCAUCGCUCGAGCUCUGUGGAGAGAUGCCGCCCGUGCAGAAAACGAUGUCUGAUCUUCGCUCCCGAGUGGAGGGGUACGAAAAGACAGAGGACACUGCAACCUCCGCAAAGACCUCUUUAGCUGACCAAGAAGAUGCACGACUGAUAUUCCUCAAUCAGCCACAGUUCACCAAGUUCUGCAGCAAUCACGUCAGCACUGCAAAGUAUAAUGUCCUCACCUUCCUACCUCGGUUCCUCUACUCUCAGUUCAGAAGGGCUGCCAACUCCUUCUUCCUCUUCAUCGCUCUCCUGCAGCAAAUUCCGGAUGUGUCGCCCACGGGUCGCUGGACAACUCUGGUGCCGCUCCUCUUCAUCCUGGUGGUGGCAGCAGUCAAGGAGUUCAUUGAGGAUCUGAAACGUCACAACGCUGACAGUGUUGUCAACAAGAAGGAAUGUCAAGUGCUGAGGAAUGGUGCCUGGGAGAUCGUGCACUGGGCCAAGGUGGGCGUUGGGGAGGUAGUGAAAGCGGCCAAUGGGGAUCACCUCCCGGCCGACCUUGUCAUUCUGUCUUCCAGUGAGCCCCAAGGCAUGUGCUACAUUGAGACGUCAAACUUGGAUGGAGAAACAAACCUCAAAAUCCGACAGGGACUACAAAUCACCUCGGAGAUCAAGGACAUUGACAGCCUGAUGCGUCUCUCUGGGCGCAUGGAGUGCGAGAGCCCCAACCGCCAUCUCUAUGAGUUUGUGGGGAACAUCCGUCUGGACGGACACAGCACCAUGCCUCUGGGUCCAGACCAGAUUCUGCUGCGAGGUGCCCAGCUGAGGAACACCCAGUGGGUCCAUGGCAUCGUGGUCUACACUGGACACGACACCAAGCUCAUGCAGAAUUCCACACGGCCGCCUCUGAAGCUGUCCAAUGUGGAGCGCAUCACAAACUUCCAGAUUCUACUGCUGUUCGGCUGUCUACUGGCCAUCUCUCUGGUUUGUUCAAUCGGACAGACCAUCUGGAAGUACCAGUACGGCAAUGCAGCUUGGUACAUGGACUUGAACUCUCCAGAUGGUGGUGCCGCAAACUUUGGCCUCAACUUCCUCACCUUCAUCAUUCUCUUCAACAACCUGAUCCCCAUCAGUCUGCUGGUGACUCUGGAGGUCAUCAAGUUCACACAGGCCUUCUUCAUCAACUGGGAUACAGACAUGCUCUAUGAGCCCACUAACACCCCAGCCGUGGCUCGCACUUCCAACCUGAAUGAAGAAUUAGGACAGGUGAAAUACAUCUUCUCCGACAAGACGGGGACUCUGACCUGCAACGUGAUGCAGUUCAAGAAGUGCACCGUCGCCGGCGUGGCCUACGGUCACAUACCCGAGGCUGAGGAUGGUAGUUUUGCUGAGGAUGACUGCCACAGCACACAGUCGUCUGAGGAGGCCGGAUUUAAUGACCCCAGCUUGCUGGAAAACCUCCAAAGUAAUCACCCCACUGCUCCUGUCAUCCUGGACUUCAUGACCAUGUUGGCCAUCUGUCACACGGCCGUCCCCGAGCGCACCGGCGAUACGAUCGUCUACCAGGCUGCCUCACCAGACGAAGGGGCUCUGGUGAGGGCAGCAGCGAACCUGGGCUUUGUGUUCUCCGGUAGAACCCCAGACAGUGUCAUCAUUCAAGCGCUUGGAGCCGAGGAGAAGUAUGAACUGCUCCAUGUUCUAGAGUUCACCAGUACUAGGAAGAGGAUGUCAGUCAUCAUGCGUACUCCAUCUGGCAAGAUCCGCCUCUACUGCAAAGGAGCUGACACGGUAGUCUACGACCGUCUGGCCGACAGCUCCAGGUAUAAAGAGAUCACUCUGAAACACCUAGAGCAGUUUGCCACAGAGGGGCUGCGUACUCUGUGCUUUGCUGUGGCUGAGAUUAGUGAGUCAACCUAUCAGCAAUGGUUGGAGGUGUUCCACCGUGCCUCCACCGCCCUGCAGAACCGAGCCCUCAAACUGGAGGAGAGCUAUGAGCUCAUCGAGAAGAACCUGCAGCUCUUAGGGGCCACAGCCAUCGAGGACAAGCUCCAGGACAAGGUGCCUGAGACCAUUGAGACGUUGAUGAAGGCCGACAUCAAGAUCUGGAUCCUGACCGGGGACAAGCAGGAGACUGCCAUCAACAUCGGACACUCCUGCAAACUUCUGACCAAGAACAUGGGCAUGCUGGUGAUCAACGAAGACACACUUGAUGCAACCAGGGAGACCCUCAGCCACCACUGUGGAAUGCUGGGAGACGCCCUUUACAAGGAGAACGAUUUCGCUCUCAUCAUCGACGGAAAUACGCUAAAAUACGCCCUCACAUUUGGAGCACGGCAGUACUUCCUAGACCUUGCCUUGUCCUGUAAAGCCGUGAUAUGCUGCAGGGUGUCUCCACUGCAGAAGUCUGAGGUGGUGGAGAUGGUGAAGAAGCAGGUGAAGGUGAUCACACUCGCCAUCGGUGACGGCGCCAACGAUGUGGGAAUGAUCCAGACGGCACACGUGGGCGUGGGAAUCUCUGGCAACGAGGGCCUGCAGGCCGCCAACUCCUCCGACUACUCUAUCGCACAGUUCAAAUACUUGAAGAAUCUUUUGCUGGUCCACGGCGCCUGGAAUUACAACCGCGUAUCCAAGUGUAUCCUGUAUUGCUUCUACAAGAACAUUGUCCUGUACAUCAUCGAGAUCUGGUUUGCCUUCGUCAAUGGAUUCUCUGGUCAGAUUCUGUUUGAGCGCUGGUGCAUCGGCCUGUACAAUGUGAUUUUCACUGCUCUGCCUCCUCUCACGCUGGGCAUAUUUGAGCGUUCAUGCAGGAAAGAGAACAUGCUGAAGUACCCGGAACUCUACAAAACCUCCCAGAAUGCCAUGGGCUUCAACACCAAGGUCUUCUGGGCCCAUUGUCUGAAUGGCCUCUUCCACUCGGUCAUCCUCUUCUGGGUCCCCCUCACAGCCUUCCAGCACGAUACGGUCUUUGGCAACGGAAAGACCCCGGACUAUCUCCUCUUAGGCAACAUGGUUUAUACAUUUGUGGUCAUCACCGUGUGCCUUAAAGCUGGCCUGGAGACCUCAUCGUGGACUAUGUUCAGUCACAUUGCCAUCUGGGGCAGCAUCAGCCUGUGGGUGGUGUUCUUCGGUAUCUACUCCUCUCUGUGGCCGCUCAUCUCUCUGGCUCCGGACAUGUCUGGCGAGGCGGACAUGAUGUUCAGUUCGGGAGUCUUCUGGAUGGGCCUGAUAUUCAUCCCUGUCACCUCCCUGGUCUUUGACGUGGCCUACAAAGUUGUGAAAAAGGUGUGCUUUAAAACCCUGGUGGAUGAGGUGCAGGAGCUGGAAGCCUUGUCCAAGGACCCAGGAGCCCUGGUGCACGGGAAGAGCCUGACGGAGAGGGCACAGCUCCUGAAGAACGUCUUCAAGAAGAGCACUGUCAGUAUGUACCGAUCGGACUCCAUGCAGCAGAAUCUGCUACGUGGGGAAGGGAUCGUUCUUGUGUGACCCCUGUUUGUCUCGUAGAUGGCUACGCCUUCUCUCAAGACGAGAACGGAGUGGUGUCCCAGUCGGAGGUCAUCCGGGCGUACGACACCACCAAACAGCGGACCAACGAGUGGUGAAACAACACCCCUCUCUGCCCGGCUGGCCUUUUAAGAGCCACAGCCGUUUUCAACGGUGGUUUGAACCUGACGGGGAAGUCUCCAGAUAACCCCAGCCCGAGCAUCGCAGGAUAUUGGACAUGAUAAAGGAAAAGAAAGAGGGAUGUCUUGUACUUCAAAAAGGGAAAAAAAUAGGAACAAAAAAGUGUUCAAAAAGUAUUCACUGCUGUAGUUGUGUGUCCAGCAGACAUGAGCACUGUGCUUGCAUUUUUAGCAGUCUGUGGUCUGAAGUUCCUCUGUUCUUGUUCUAUCUAAUGAAGAGGUUUCACUUCUUAAUAUCUCCUCCAUUCCUAUUAAUAGACCCCAAAAAAGAUGUAGUUUGCUCCAAAAUCGUCAAAACUGUUGUGUGUGUACUCUAAUUGGUGACUGAAUAAUCCUAAUUUGAUUUUGACCCCCCCCCCCCAUCACCCCACCAAAUAUUUUGUUUUGUUUGUAAAUGCAGAUUGCGAAAUAGCAGUUGUAAAUGCAAUCUCUUUCAAGUCGGCUGUAGCUUCGAUUAAAAUUAAAAUUAAACUCAACCAAGAAUAUUGACACUCCUGAGUCUAUUCCAGCUCUGAAUGGACCACUUCAGAACAGACAUUUUGUUGUUUUGUUGUUAUUUUGCACUUCUACUGUAUAAAAAGGCCUUACAUUUGUUCAUGCCUUCAGCCAUACUUGUUUGUUUUUCUUCUAAAUGUUAUUAUUUUAGAAUGAUGUAGUUAUCGUGCCCAAGUUGAGUCGUUUUUUUAAUGAUAGCCGCUUGCAACUCGUCCAAUUUCCACCAUUUUAUUACAGCACUUUGAUUGCUCUAUACAAGUAAUUGCAUUCCACACAUUACUCGGCUGCAACAAUCACAAUGGUGCCUGACUUUUUCCCUGAUUAGAAUACAUAAGAUAUCCUAGCUAGCUAGUUUAGAACAGUGCUCUACCCACUAAUUGGCAAGAUGAGCUCAUUGUCCCCCAUAUAUUGCUCCCCAGUACACAAUGUGGUAAAAAGUAAAGUGGUAUAUUUAAAAUCACAGGCUCCAUUGUUGCUUUCUUUCUACCCAGUGUUUUGGGGGUGGUUGUAUGACGAUCUUGUUGAAUUUCCGUAUGCUUAGUGGCGGCUCUUCUUUCAAAAACGUCUUUUCCCUUCGAAUAGAGAGUUUAUCCUUCUAACAUAAGUGCCAUUAGCUUAAGGGAGAGAAAAUUUGCCAGGAAACUCCACACAGUAUCAAAACGACUUUCUCUAUAGUUAUUUUGAGAAUUUGUAUUUUUAUAUUGGAGAAGUACGAAUUUUUGCAUUGACCUGCUUUGUAAUGAAUAAUUGUCCAUGUUUUUCCUUUUUUUUCUCUCAGACAAAAGAAAGAAUGCCCAAAUGAAUGCCGAAAAAUAUAUUUCUUAAAUGUCUUGUUGUUUAUUAUUGUCAUUAUAGUACCUGCUUUGUUUAUUUAAUAAUUAACUGUGUUUGUUCUCUUCUCCCUAUGGGAGAUCGGUUUCCAUACCAGCUGCGUGUGUAUGUGUGUGCGUUAAUCCGCCAUCUGCAUGUGCAUGUGCGUGUGUGUGUGUAACCUCUUCUACUGUGGGUAACUUCUACAUACGCAUGUCUGUCAUUUGUGUGAGACUGGGAGCCCUUAGAACCUCAGGUCUCCUUUUGCAUUCUUUGACUGUGUUUUUGUAUAUGUUUGAGGAUGUGUGGGUGACUGACUGUGUGUGUGGUGUCGCUUGCUCCUCUGGUCUGUCUGCAUGACUCCAGGUAUAAUUAUGGUGUACUGUCUGCUGCUGUAUGGCCCUCUGUGUAUGGCCAGACCUCAGCCCUGGGGGUCCUGGGCUCUGACGCUAAGGCUCUCGCUUGACAGGAGAUGUUGCACAACGCACUCUGUUACCUUUCCAAUAGUGGAUAUUUUGGUAUUAUCUGGUUAUUGGUUUCAGUGUAUUUUCUCUGGGUCUACAUGUUUGUAACUUGUUUAGGUUUUUGUCUCUCAUGCAGUGUACCUCUACUUUACUACAAACCUUUUUGUGUUUCUUCCUGGUUUAAGUGAGGGUAUCAGUAAAGAUGUAUUUGUUACGCUAUACUUUUGUGUUUCGAUUGAUUAGAUGUCAACUGCUGUCACAAUUCCAAAAUGCUGAAUGUGAGUCUUCUGAUGUGAAAGUGGUCGUGGAAGGCUUGGACUGUUGCUUUUUGUCUGUGAAAGUUGUGGGCUGCAUGAAUGGACUAAAACCUUCUCCGGUUAAGUGUUUAUUGUACUACUUUGAUUCUCCCUCAAGUGUGGGUCACUUUACAGAAAAAAAUGCACUUUUCAAUUUGUUUCAAUAUCAUUUAAUGAUUGUUCUGCAUGUUGGGACUGCAAACUUUUAAGUGUUCUGUCUUUUACUGCCAUAAAGGACUACUACUAAAAUAAACUUUUCAAACAUGGAAA